AUGAUCUGGUUUUUCAUGCUCUGUUACCACAUAGGUAAUAACUUUAAAUGUCAUCGGAUUCCCGUAACUGUCAUUCAAACAUCUGUUUUUUUUCACCAUGUCGAUGUUUUCUUCAUUUUUCAGGUCUCAGUCUGAGCGUGGAGGUGGAGGUCAGUCAGUACCCCUCUGAACUCAUCAUAAAACCCAAAGACAAAGUACAGAUUAAGUGCAGCCAUGAUAAAACCGACUUCAGAGUGAUGCUCUGGUACCAGCGCUCCCCUGGAGACUCCGCUCUGAAACUCAUCGGAUAUUUGAACUAUGGGACAUUCACCCCUGAGGACAAAUACAAGGACCAGUUUAAUGUCACAGGAGAUCUGUCUGGAGGUGGUAAAAAGACCAGCACUCUCGUGUUCAAAGACACAGGACCUGAACAGGCGGCAGUAUACUUCUGUGCAGCGAGCAAAGCACGCUGA